CUACAAUGUACAUGUUAUUUAAUGUUCAUUAUUCAUUGUCCAAGUGGAUGUGUGUCCCUACAAGUUCAUCUCCAUCUGUCUGUGUAUCGGUAUACUCAGCGGGACCAGAGGAUGACUACACAGACUACGUUGCGACUCGCUGGUACCGGGCCCCUGAGCUACUGGUUGGGGACACACAGUACGGUCCCCCUGUGGACGUGUGGGCGCUGGGAUGUGUCUUCGCUGAGCUGCUCCACGGGAAUCCACUCUGGCCCGGGAAAUCUGACGUUGACCAGCUCUACCUCAUCCGAAAAACUCUAGGUGACCUGAUCCCUCGUCACCAGCAGGUCUUCCGCUCCAAUGUUUUCUUCAGUGGAGUUUGUAUUCCUGAACCUGACACGAUGGAGCCUUUGGAAAAGCGUUACCAUGAAGUGUCACCUCAUGCUCUCCAGGUCAUGAAGUCAUGCCUGGUGAUGGACCCCUCCCUCAGGCUGUCCUGUGAGGAGCUGCUGGAGCUGCCUUACUUCCAGGAGGAAGUAGGUGCCAACUGGGGCCGAGAGGGCGAGCGCCCAGGAAGACGACACGACAAAGGCUCCCGACGCAGACAGGCAGGGGCUCAGUACCUGCCUCAGUUACCAAACAGCAACAUCUCACCAGCACCAGACGUCAAGAAACAGGUGAAGCACAAAUAUCACCUGCCCAACAUCUAAUAAAAGCAAGGUUUGAACUGACUGAAGAGUGACACAUCGUGGCAGAACGGAGACAUGCAGGACUCGUUUUCUGCUCUGUGCAAUCAUUUGAAUACAGUCCAAUUUAAAGAUGUGUAUUGGUGUGAGAGUUGGAAAGUAUAUUUUAAUUCCAUCACUUUCACUUGACCACAGACUUAUUUAAUACUGGUGACAAAACAAACUAUAGUUAAGGUGUUUACAGAUGCAGGUUAGGCAAAAGAAUAGCCAAAGAAUGUAUAAUAUGUGCGUUCUGCAUUUUCAAAGGUCAAUUUAAUGGUAUAAAAUAACUGAUAAAAGUCACCAGUGUGCCAUCAUCACUUGGUGAAAGUGAAUUGAGUUUCCUGGUGCACUCAAUGACAACAAAACAUCCCCAUAUAGGUAAAUACAGGCUAGACAAUAUGUACUAUAUAGUACAAUUGAAAUUAAUCUGAUGAGCAAGAUAAGACACAUCAUUAUUAUUAUUAUUAACAAUAUUUUAAUUGUAUUUA